AUGGAUUCCCUGCCUCAACUGGUUACGGGCCAAAUAAUCCGCAUCUCGUGUUAUGCCGCAGCCCUCGUCUUGAUCUCAGUGGGUUUGAAUGUCAUCCAUCAGCUCGUUUUUUAUAAACGAAAUGAACCACCAGUGGUAUUCCAUUGGUUUCCCAUCAUGGGCAGUACCAUCAGGUACGGCAUGGAUCCUUACAAGUUCUUCUUCGAGUGCCGGGAAAAGUACGGUGAUAUUUACACAUUCAUCCUGCUCGGUAGGAAGAUUACGGUCUACCUGGGCACGGAGGGAAAUGAGUUCAUCCUGAAUGGCAAAUUGAGAGAUGUCAAUGCCGAGGAGGUGUACGGUAAAUUGACGACGCCCAUCUUUGGCUCAGGUAUUAUCUAUGACUGCCCCAAUUCGAAGCUCAUGGAGCAAAAAAAGUUCGUUAAAUUCGGCCUCAGUCAAGAAGCCCUAGAAUCCUACGUCCCCCUUAUUGAAGAAGAAGUGAACCAAUACAUCAAGACCUCCGGGAAGUUCAAAGGGUCAUCAGGCACGAUCGACCUCGCGGUGGCCAUGGCCGAGAUCACAAUCUUCACUGCUGGCCGUACCCUACAGGGUGAGGAAGUCCGUGCUAAGCUCACUUCAGAGUUUGCCGAUCUCUAUCAUGACCUUGAUCUAGGGUUUUCACCCAUCAACUUCUUGCUUCCUUGGGCACCGCUCCCCCGCAAUCGCAAGCGUGAUGCGGCCCACGUCCGAAUGCGUGAGAUAUACUUGGACAUUAUCCGAGAGCGAUCCAAGGCUGGUGCCACUGGGGGCCCGCGCGCCAAGGACAUGAUUGAGAACCUGAUGCAAUGCCUCUAUCGCGAUGGAACCCCAAUCCCGGACAAGGAGAUUGCCCAUAUGAUGAUCACGCUGCUCAUGGCAGGUCAGCACUCGUCCUCUGCGAUCAGCUGCUGGAUCAUGCUGCGACUUGCCUCCCGGCCAGAGAUGGCUGAGAAACUAUACCAAGAACAAACAGCCGUGUUAGGUGCAGAUCUCCCUCCUUUGAAAUACAGUGACCUUGCAAAUCUUCCUCUGCACCAGAACGUGGUCAAGGAGACACUGCGCAUCAAUAAUUCCAUCCACACCCUCAUGCGCAAGGUCAAGAAUCCAUUGCCGGUCCCUGGAACUUCAUAUGUCAUCCCUAAAAGCCAUACGCUUCUUUCCUCGCCGGGCGUGACUGCUCGUGACGAGAAGCACUUCCGCAAUCCAAUGGAAUGGGAUCCACAUCGGUGGGAGACUCGGGUUGAGGUUGAGGCCGAGACUGAUAUUGUUGACUAUGGGUACGGUGCUGUCUCGAAGGGUACGCAGAGCCCAUACCUGCCGUUCGGCGCGGGACGGCAUCGAUGCAUUGGAGAAAAGUUUGCGUACCUGAAUCUGGUUGUUAUCGUUGCCACCCUGGUGCGGAACUUUCGCUUCUAUAACCCAGAGGAUCGCGAUGGAGUGCCAGAGACAGAUUACUCGGUUUGUGUGCCCUCGUAUUGUAAUAGCAAUUUUCUUGGAAGUGGUGCUAACCCUCAUUCUCUCGACAGUCUCUCUUCUCUCGGCCGAUGCAUCCCGCGACAGCUCUAUGGGAACGGCGCGAAGACUGAAAUGGCAACGAUGGGUAAUGUACAUGAUGCUCCCGGAGGGUUUUGA